AUGCCUCCCUCUGCCCCGCAAUCUGCACAAAACUAUGUAGAGAACGGGCGAUUCUACCAUGCCUUCAGGAAAGGAAAAUACAUGUUUCCAUGCGACGAGGCGGAAAUGGAUCGCAUGGAUAUCUACCACAAGUUCUUUGCAGUGGCGAGACGGGGUCAUUUGCACAAUGUAACUCUUACGAAGAAUAUCCACGGGGGACCGCGUAUAUUGGAUUUGGGGUGCGGCACGGGCAUCUGGGCGAUUGACGUGGCAGAGACGCAUUUUAAAGACCAUGCGGAGGUACACGGAGUAGAUCUCUCUAUGAUUCAACCUGGAUUGAUACCAGAAAAUGUCGGAUUCUCACAGCGGGAUAUUGAAUCACCUUGGUACGGCAUGGACGUGGAUUGGGAUCUAAUACAUAUGCGCAUGCUCAAUGGCAGCAUCUCGAGCUGGCCAGAUAUAUAUUCGAAGAUUUUUAGGCAUCUCAAGCCUGGCUUUGGUUGGCUAGAACACGUUGAAAUCGACAUGUACCCACGCUGCGACGAUGGAACCCUCCCGCAAGACUCACAUCUCGUACAGUGGGCGGAUUACCUCCUGGAGGCAACAGCGCGCGCACAACGGCCACUGGCUUACAACACGCAGACUCGAGCAAUGUUGGAAUCGGCCGGUUUCGUCGAGAUCCAAGAACAGGUCAUCAAGGUCCCACUAAACCCAUGGCCUGCAGACCCUCACAUGAAAGAUGUUGGAAGGUGGUAUAAUCUUGGUCUCACGCAAGGAUUGGAAGCUCUUUCUCUAGGGCCACUUACCCGCGUCAACCACUGGCCAGUAGAAGACAUUGAGAGGUUAAUUGCGGCUGCCAAGAGGGAUAUCUGUUCGAAAAGGUAUCAUUCGUACUGCAACAUGUAA